AUGCCUGAAACUGUGCGCCCGGCUUUUGAUAGCUGCGACCGUCCCCAACUAUCAUAUGGCAUCGAGUUUCCUACCGCAGCUGCUCGACAUGUUACCAACACCUUUAUGGCAUCGCGAGUCUACGUGAUCUGCUCCGGUUCUCUGGCACGUAACACCGAUGCCCUGGAUCGACUGAUUGCUGCUCUGGGACCUGAAAAGAUCGCCGGUCAGCGGAUAGGAAUGAAGCCCCAUACUCAAUGGUCCGAAGUUUUGGAAAUUAUCGCCGACGCGCGCAAAGUCCAGGCAGAUCUUCUUCUUACACUGGGCGCGGGCAGCCUGACCGACGGGGCUAAAAUUAUCGCAUUCGCACUCGCCAAUAACGCAAGCACGCCCGGUGAGCUCAAAGCCCUUGCAGAGGGCCCUGAGAAGCGUACUGGUCUUGUCGCAUCUACUGUCCCCAUUAUCUCUGUCCCUACGUCAUUGUCCGCUGGCGAGUAUUCCGACUACGCUGGCGGGACUGAAGACGAAACACAUCGCAAAUAUAUGUUUUAUCCCCCAUUACGUGGCCCUGAGCUCGUCAUCCUUGACCCCCAACUGGUGGAGACGACGCCCGACUCUAUUUGGCUGAGUACUGGUGUCCGCACCGUCGAUCAUUGUGUUGAGACUUUAUGUGCCGUCGGAAACACUACCCCGGAAUCUGAUAACUUGGCGCGAAAUGCACUUGGUAACUUGGUGUCGAGCCUUCUACGGUGCAAACGCAACCGCGCAGACUAUGAUGCUUCUUUACAGUGCCAGCUUGGAUCUGUCGAUGCCAUGGCUGCAUGUCUUAGCGUAUCAUUUAAGCUUGGAGCGAGCCACGGUAUCGGACAUCAGCUCGGUCCUCUCGGAGUUGGUCAUGGAGAAACCAGCUGCAUCUGCCUUCCAGCCGUAUGCAAGUACAACGCCGCACAUAAUGCAAAUAACGAACGCCAGGCUAGCUUGCGCCACUUGAUGGCCCAGGAUCCAAUUAUCGCUGAAGUCUUGCGCGAGCGCUUGAAUGAUAUUUCUACUGCUGAUCUUGGUGAUAUUCUAGAUGCCGUUAUUCGCGAGCUUGGAAUGCCUCGGUCGCUAGCGGAUGUAGGCAUCGGCCGCGACAAGUUGGACAUGCUAGCCGAAAAUAGUCUGCAAGAUCCGUUGUGCCAAUCGAACCCUGUACCAUUGACGGAGAAGUCGCAGGUAUUGGAGAUUCUCGAGAUGAUAGUAGAAUGA